AUGGAUUUUGAAACGGCCAGACUCGGGCUGGAAGAAUUGGAGAGAAUAGAGUUGGCGCUGGCCGAGCGAAUCGUUCAUGAUCCAGACUGGUUAGACGAGACCAAGAUCAGCCGCGAAUUGGCCAUGCAGCGGCUCGAGGCCAGUGUUUUGGUGAAGAGAUACCGGGAAAUCACCAAACAGAUCGAGCUGGAGAAGCUGAGCGAGAUCCAAGUGCCGAGUUUAGACGAGUUUUUGGACACGGUAAAUUCAAUUGAGGAAAGUGGGCCAGCAGCUGAUCUUGAAAAGCUAUACUCUCGCCACGCAAAGGCUCGUGGAUUGGAUCGGUUUAAAUGCGACUUCACGGCAGACAUGAACGUCGACAGCAUUUUCAGUCUGCCCGAAAGUUAUGGCAAGCUUCUCGACUUGACAAUGCUGCACCAAGCGUUUUUGAAUAUCCCUGGUGCCCCGCAUGUGACAUUCAAAGAGUAUGUCGGCAAGCUUGGAAGUUUUGACGAUAUUCUGUAUAUCCCUGUGAAAGAAAAGCGAGAAUUCUCUACUUAUCUUGCUGAUUUGGAGAAGUAUCUGAUCGAGGUUUAUCACAAAACACACCCGUUCGAUGAGCCGCUGAACCUGGCCCCACAAGAAAACACGUCCGCCCUCUGGUGUGCGGUUUGUCAAAAACUCUACGCAUCCGAGGGUGUUUUCAAGGCUCAUUUCGAUGGCAAGAAACACAAGAGAGCGGCACAAAAUGGCCCAGCUUCUGUGGGUGACGCGGGCCGAGUUGCGACACUCUGUGAACUUUUGCAGCCCCAGCUUCUUGCCACCAAAACCAAUAUUUCUCGUCAAGAGGGAAUGACGCACCAGGAACGAGAAAUUGAGAACCAGGUCUUGCUAGAGAAGCUGGAUCAGCAGGACAACUACGUGUCAGAAGACGAGUUGGAGCCAGAGCAUGAUUCGGCCCCAUCUCAACAAGUUCCAGCCUGGCUCGCAAAAAUUAAUGGCUUGCAUCUCCAGUUUCCAUGCGAAAUUUGCGGAGGUACGGUAUAUCAUGGCCCGAAAGCAUUCGAGAAGCAUUUCAGCGAAUCUAAACAUAUCCACGGUCUUCGUUGUUUGGGUAUUUCCGAUGCGUCUGUCUAUGCUGGAAUCACGUCAAUUUCAGAAGCCACUGAUCUUUAUAAAAAACUGGCAAAGUCUAGGAAAAUUGACGCCGAGGUCGAAGACGAACAAGGUAAUGUCAUGACGGCUAGAGCUUUCCAAGACCUAAAACGACAGGGAUUGAUCUAG